UUUGGUUUGUGGGUUGUUUGGUCGCUGCUUCCCUCUGGGUCUCUUCUCCUCUUGUGCGUAAGUGACCUGGUCUCCUUCAGGUCCUCACGACGGGCAGGGGAGGGAGUCCUUUUCUCAAUCUUCUUGUUUGCGUUUUCAGCUCACAAUGAACGACCUCCUCACGGAUUCUUUUGAGAUCCCUCGGGGUCAACCUCCUAGAAAUGGAGAUAUUGAACUAGGAACAGGAUCAACAGAUAUCACAAUGAAUUCUGGAGAACUUGGUUUGGAAAAUUUCUUUAAAAAGGUUCAAGAGAUUGAGAAACAAAAUGAGAAGCUAGAUAAGCUUCUCAGAAAGCUCCAGGAUGCACAUGAGGAGACCAAGACAGUGACUAAGGCCCCUUCCAUGAAAGCCAUUAAAAAGCGAAUGGAGAAAGAUGUAGAUGAAGUUGGAAAAAUUGCUCGCUUUAUAAAGUCAAAAAUUGAAGAACUAGACAGAGAGAAUUUAGCAAAUAGGCAGAAACCUGGGUGCGGGAAAGGAACUGGUGUUGAUCGAUCGCGAACAGCAACAACUCUUGCUUUGAAAAAGAAAUUAAAGAACAAGAUGUCAGAAUUUCAGACUCUAAGAGAAAUCAUUCAUCAAGAGUAUCGGGAGGUUGUAGAGAGGCGAGUUUUUACAGUGACGGGCACAAGAGCUGAUGAAGAGACAAUUGAGAGAUUAAUUGAGACUGGAGACAGCGAACAGAUUUUCCAAAAGGCAAUCCAUGAACAAGGGCGAGGCCAGAUAACGGACACUCUAGCAGAAAUUCAAGAGCGCCAUGAUGCUGUUAGAGACCUUGAGAAGAAGCUUCUUGAUUUGCAGCAGAUAUUUCUUGAUAUGGCUGUGUUGGUGGAUGCACAAGGGGAAUUGCUUGACAACAUUGAAACUCAAGUAUCAAGUGCAGUUGAUCAUGUACAGCAAGGGAAUACUGCUCUGCACAAGGCUAAGAAGCUACAGAAGAAUUCUAGGAAAUGGAUGUGCAUUGCGAUCCUCAUUCUUCUUAUCAUUGUCGUAAUCAUUGUGGUUGCCGUGUUGAAGCCAUGGAGUAGCAACAAUGGUGCUUAACCCUGCCAAUUUAUGAUUGAUGGAUUGAAUAUAGCGAAUUUGAAGCAGACACCACUGAGACUGAAGCGGUGAACUCCUCAAAUUAUUUGAAUCUUAUAAUUUAGGUUCUGUGAUGCACUCAUUCUAAUAAUAUUAAUUGGAAGAAUCUGUCAUCUACAAUUUACAUAUAGUAUGAACACCCAACUGGUAAUAAACUUGUUUAGAUUUAAUUCAUAUUUC